CGAGAUUUGGAGGUGUGUCUGGUGGCAAUGGGAAAGUGAAAGAAGAACUGACAACUUUUUGCGACAUCGUGUUUUAAGUAAAUAUAAGCAGAUUUCAGGUCCUUUGCGACAGACGAGAAGAGAGGUCUGAAGAAGAGAACGAUAUUUGGAAGAAUGCCUAUAACCAGACAGAUUUUGCCCCCCAUUGACUACCAUUCUUCUUCAGUUUCUACAGGCAAAAAGUGCAAUAACUGCUUUUAUUAUAAAACAUUCACUGCAGAAAACAAGUUUUCAGUAUGGAGUCAGUAGGAGUGAAUGUGAUGGAAGCGGCCGCUCUUGGGAGACCAUUUCAGCUGGGUAUGCUUUACGACUGCAGGAAAGAUGCUCUGGUGCCAGGAAUCACAUUGUGGAAUCAAGAGAAGCUCCAGAAGAGUAUUCGAUCUCGUCCCCAAAUUAAUACAGAUUUUAAAGUUACAGCUUCAGACUCGAUUGACGAAAAAUCUCAUUUAUUGAACAUUGACGGCUCUUUGAAAUUGAGUCUGUUGGGUGGAUUGAUCAACGUGACCGGAGCAGCCAAAUAUCUCAAUGACACCAAGAAGUCUUUCAUUCAGCAGAGACUGACUUUACAUUAUCAUUCAACUACCAGAUUUGAAGAACUGACCAUGAACCAUUUAGCACCUGAAAAUAUAGCUCAUCCUGAUGUGUUUGAUCGUGACACAGCGACACACGUGGUGACAGCAGUGCUGUAUGGAGCGGACGCCUGCUUUCUGUUUGACAGAGAGGUUUCUUCAGACGAGAACAAAACUACAGUAGAAGGAGAAGUGAAGGCAGCGUUUGACAAACUUAAAUUCAUUACAGUAGAUGUGAAGGCCAAUCUAAACAUGUCUGACGUUCAGAGGGAAGCAGUGGAUAAAUUCACUGUCACAUUCUAUGGUGAUAUUCAGUUACCAUCUAAUCCCACCUCUUUUGAAGAUGCUUUGAAGGUUUUCGCUGAUCUUCCAAAACUGUUGGGAGGAAACAGAGAUCUUGCGGUCCCGCUGAGAGUUUGGCUGUAUCCUCUAAACAAACUUCACUCAAGAGCUUCAAAACUUCUGAAAGAAAUCAGCCUUGAUCUAAUCAGUGAAUUAGAAUCAAUAUUAGAGAGUUUAAAUACAACUGAGAUCAAAUGCUGUGAUCUUCUGAGAGAUUCACCUGCUUUAGCUUUACCUGAAUUUCAUAAUCAAAUAAAAGACAUGAAGAAGAACUGUUACACGUACAAGACGAGACUCAUGAAGAAACUUGGUUCUCUGUUGCCUCAAAUCCGUGGAGAUCAAAUAGAAGACUCUGCACUGAAUGAUCUUCUGAAUGAUCAUGAUAAAUCUCCAUUCAGAGAAAGAGACCUGUCAGAAUGGCUGAAGGAGAGAGAGAGAGAGUCAAAGGUCAUGAAAACAUUACUCAGACAGCUGAAGGAUUCUGGUGCGACGGUAGAAGACAACCUACAGGCAAUCUUGAUGGAUCUAAACAUUGGAACUGUGGUUAGUUACACGUUCACAUCAUUGGACUGGUCAGAUGUGCUUCUUCCUAAACAAAAGGCUUAUCUGGGAUCUUCAAGAAGUGGAAACUCCAAUGACCCUGAGUCUGAGAAGAACUUGUCUUGGCUCACUCCUGCCAUCCACAAGACUAUGAGGAAUAACCUGGAUAUAUUUAAGAAAUUAAUUGAUUUAAAAAAACAUGAACCAGUAAAGUUUGUUGUGUCGUCAAAACAAAUGAAGAAUCAUCCAGGUUCCUGCGUUCUCCUGUAUGAAGAUGGAUGUGUUGAAGGUGUUUGCCUUGUUAAUCCAUCCAAACCAGAUCCUCCAAAAGCAGAGGUCAAAGAUGACAGUGUGAUUAUAAAUGUGGCAGACUCAACAUGUCCCGCUACAGAGGAACUAAAGUUACUGUACAAAAUGAAGGAUGAUCAGGACUGGACAUCUCAACCCGUGCUGAAGAGCCAAAAUACUGUAACACUGACUGAUCUGAGAGCAGGCACAGAGUAUGAGAUUAAAUGUGCAGCGGUUGGGAAACUCAGUUACACCACUGAAUCAGAUGUCAUCACUGUUAUCAAGAGUCACCAGACCCAUUCAGCGAGGAGCAACUCUUCAGUUCCUUAUGGAUUGACAAAUCAAGGAAUGACAUGCUACUUGAAUAUUGUUCUGCAGACACUUUUCAUGACAAUAAAAUAUAGAAAACAACUGCUGAGCCUGAAAAAAGAUGUCACUGGUGCACCCCCAGAGGAAGACAUCUCAAAGACACUGGCUGAAUUCUUCAAGGAACUUGAGGAUAAACGACCAAACAUUGACACAAGAAAGAUCAUACAGGCUCUGCACAUCACAAAUGUUCGUGAGCAGCAUGAUGCAGCAGAAUUCCUGCAGAUGAUAUUGCACAAAACUCCUGAGCCAUCAAAGGUUUUUAUGGGUAUCGUGGAAACUACUACAACAUGCUUUAUGUGCAAUAAUGCAAAUAGGGCAAGAACAGAGUUUCUGUCUAUACCCUUGUCAACUGAUGACAAAGGGAAGAAUGAUGUGAACAGAGCUUUGUUAGAGUACCAGGAAGUCCAUAUGAUGUGUGGAGAUGAUCAACUUUACUGUGUUGAAUGUGACUCACUGAGGGACAUGGAAACUGCAAACAUCAUUAUAGAAUGGCCAGAUAUUUUGAUUCUGCAGCUGAAAAGAUUUGAGGUCGUUGACUCCGUCUGGUCAAGAGUUCCUUAUCGAGAAAAUGAAUAUAAAGAUAAUAUUCCGUCUGAUCUUGAGAUUAAUUCUCAGAAGUAUGAGCUGUAUGUCAUCAUCAACCACCGCGGCUCACACAGUGGCGGUCAUUAUGAUGCAUUAAUUAAAGACGAGACUGAAAACUGGUAUCAUUGCGAUGAUAAAAGAGUUGUAAAGUGUUCUUCAAAAACCAACAAGCUGUUUGAGGACAGAUGUAUGUCAGCAUAUCUGCUGUUUUACAGAAGACAGGGAAUAAUCCGAAACCAAACAAGAUGAAGACGACACCUGAAGAGCAGAAUAUGUUUGUUUAAGACUGAAUCUGGAACCAUUUGGAAGCAUCAGUAACCAGAAAUUCCCACACCUCAACAUAUGAAUGUGCCAGAUCCCUACGCUCUGCAAACGAACGACGUCUUGUGGUGCCAUCCCAAAAAGGUAAAAAAAUCGCUCUCACGAACCUUCUCUGGAUCUGUUCCACAUUCGUGGAAUGAUCUCCCUGCUGCUACAAGAUCAACAGAUUCUGUGGCCAUCUUUAAGAAUCGGCUGAAAACGCAUCUCUCCUGUCAGCACCUGACCAAUCAUUUCUGAUUUCUGUUUCUUUUCUACUCUAUCUAAAAAAAAAAUUUUUUUGCUGUGAACUUAGCUCUGUACACUGUAGUAGGCUUUGUGAGACAUGUUUUUAUUGCACUUAUUUUUUUAGUUUUCCUAAUGUUGACCCAAUUGCUUCCAUUGUUUACCCAACUAGUAUGUCGCUUUGGAUAAAAGCAUCAGCUAAAUGACUAAAUGUAAUGUAAAUGUGAACUGUAAAAAUGUUCCGUAAUUUUUACGGAAAAAUAACGGCAGCUGUGGUGGCCAGUAAAAUCCGUGAAAAAUACAGGAAAAGAAUGUAAACAGCUUAGCAGUUUAAAACUUCAGGGCACAAACUUCAAGCUGUGUAUGAACUUAAUACAUUUGUGUCUUUUAUAUUAACAGCAUUUCUUUAUAUAAAAUGAAAACUUGGUCCAAAUGCAUAAAAGUGAAUACAUUACAUUUACGUAAUUUAUUUAUUUGUAAUUCAUUAUUAAAUCAUCAAACAUUCAGCAUGACGUUAGCAUCUCAUUGCCUGACCUUGACUUAAACACAUACUCCACUCUUCAGCAUAGUGGUGACCCACAAAACAUUUAAUAUCAGAAAAGAAAAGAGAAAAUACAAAUUCCGUAGCUUUUACGGAAAAAUACCCAAAGUUGUGGUUUGGGUUUUUAAUCAUCCAAUCAAUUCACAGUGGAAAGCAUUAGCCACACCCACUAUUCAUCUUGGAAAUAUGUUGGAAUACUGAAGACGAUCACCACUUCUGCUUAACAGGGACUGCAGCACAACAUCAAUGACUUGAUGUUUUAUUGUUCUUUAAAGUUCACCUUUAUUGUGAUCAGUAUUUGCUUUAGUUGGGCUCUUUCAUCCUUCAUAUGUAAAAUUCCAGUUUUCUUUUAGCUACUAUGACAGUGUUUUAUAUAAAACAUAGUUUUGUAGCAAAUAACAUCAUAAGAAAGUGUGAUAAGAUUCUUUCACAAGCUUUUUCUCUGAGGAUUUUCUAUCACUCUUUGGGUUUUUGAUACAACAGUCUGGUUGAAUUUAUAUUUCAGAUUCAAAUAUCCUGCAACAAUCAAUAUAGAAAGUUUUUGAGCGGUCAAAAGGUUUUGAUUUGGUCAAAAUUUGGUCUUUGACUCCGACAUCAACAAUCAAUGUAUGAAUCUCAACGGUGGUGACCAACAAAGGAAAAGCUUACAGCUGCAAUGCAUGCUGGGAGUCAGGAAAGAGUUUUGUGCUUGGAUGAAACCCAGAUUGCAUUGCCUUUAUCUUAAGAGGUUUUUUUGGUUGUCACCAUUGUUGAGACAAACUGUUUUAUUCUUGAUGUCUGCCAGAAAAUUUUUUAUGUGAUUGACGUGCUGUUAAAGACCUUCAGUAUAUUAUUUAAUUUCAUACUAUAUCAUAAAUGAGGACAACAAAUUACUUUGAAUCACUACCUAAACUCUAAAACACUCCCAACUAAAGAAGAUAUUGCAGUAAAAAGCUGAAUUUUUUUCCACCUGUUUUGGUGUCUGUUCCAACACAUAGAUAUUAAAACUAGGGAAAGACUUAACAUAAGAAGCAAAGGGUCAAGAUCCCAACUAAAGUAAACACUCAUCACCAUAAUGGUUACUCAACAAAACCAUAAAUAUGUAAACUUGUGUUAAUUCUCCAUUAGAACUUUUGUAGACGUGCAACAGAAAUAAAGUGACAGUGGUGUCAGUAAGUGAAGGUGCUAAGUGUUUGUGGAGUUGAAAAAAUUACUGUUAAUUUCCCAGAGAAAUUGACAGUGUUUUCCGUAUUUUUACAGACGUUUUUGACACCAGUUUUCUCUGUGAAAACUACAGAAUUCACUGUUAAUUUCAUAGGCAUUUUUUACAGGGGUUUUCCAUAAAAACAAUGGAAUUUUUGCUGUUAAUUUUAUAGACAAUUUUACAGUGUUUUUCCGUAUUUUUAUGGACGCUUUCUGAUAACAGGUUUUUUGUGUGAAAACAAGAGAAUUUUACUGUUAAUUUCAUGGGCAUUUUUUACAGUGUGUCUUGAUUUUGCCAGGUAUGAUAAACUUUGUGGUAUUAUUUUAUUCUUAUACUAUGUUGUUAAUCUUUGGUUAUUAAGUUUUUAUCUUUGUAUGUGAAUUCUAUGAUUUUAAUUGAUGCUGUACCUGACUGUCAUAAUAAAUUGUUAUUGAUUUAUUAAGAAAUCUUCAGUGUUAUUACCAGUUGAUUGAAAGGAGCCUGUUUUGUUACCGAAAAAUCGAUAUGUCAGUAUCAAAAAUACUAGAAUUUUUAUUAUAGAUGGGGCAUUACUAUAGCUCACAUGUUACAGAUAUCCACCUUUCAUCUGGCUUAGCAAGUUGAAUGAUCGUGACUAAAAUAACUAUUGCUAUUUUUCUGAGAAAGCAUGUAGCAACCAGACUUUAAAUUGGAGUCAGAUCGGUCUUAACCAUGGAGUCAUGUACAUUGAACCAAAUUAUUACAAUUCUGUUUUUAAAUAACUACAUGUACUGUAGAAACCCAGCAGGAAGUGUAGUGUUUGAAAAGGGUUCAAAUAAAAUGCUCUCAGUGUGGGCGGCCUGAUCUUGUGAAGGCUGUGGCUUUCAAAGUUCCCCCUGGUAAGUGUGAGAAUUCGGGUUUUGCCUCUGUCCCACACAUAUUGUAUGAAAUGUAUUUCAAUUAUUAUUGUACAUGCAUUAUGUCUAACGUUACUUUGGUUCAAGUGCUGACCAAGUUAACAGAAUGCCUUAUAUGUACUUGUACUGCCUUAUAUGUACUUGUACUGCCUUAUAUGUACUUGUACUGCCUUAUAUGUACUUAUAAGAAGUUAUAAGAGCAAGGAACAAGGAACUAACCCACGUGAAUAAU